UUCCCACCGUCGUUCGCGUUCGGCGUCGGAACGUCGGCGUGGCAGAUCGAAGGAAACGGUGGUGAUCGCCCGCGAUCGGUGUGGGACGCGUUCGUGAGCGAACUAGGAGAGGAGAAGAGAGUGGAGGCGGAGCGCGGGAUCGGCUUUCACGAGCGAUACGCGGCGGAUGCGCAAAUGAUGGCGGAUGCGGGAGUGAAACAUUUCAAAAUGUCCCUGAGCUGGCCGAGGUUGAUGCGCGCCGACGGGAGCGCGAUCGAUGAAGGGUUCGAGUAUUAUCAGAACGUUUUCGGGGCGCUACGCGAGCGAGGCGUGGAACCGCACGUGACGCUGUUUCACUGGGACACGCCGAUCGUGUGCGAAGGAGCUUGGGUGAAGGAUGAAAUCUUGAAAGAUUUUGAGAAGUACGCGGAUGCGGUGUUUAGUAGACUCGGGAAGGGGAUAAAAUAUUGGACCACAAUUAGUGAGCCAAAAACCGUCGCAGAGAUGGGCUACGGUGCGGGCCUUCACGCGCCUGGGCGUCGGAGCGUGGAAGAACAACUUAAAGUGGGGCAUAAUAUGUUGCGUGCACACGCUUUGGCGGUGGCGCUCUAUAGGGAGAAAUAUUCCCAGUUUGGAGGGAAACUUUCAAUCAAUUUGAAUAGCGCUUGGGUCGAGCCGGCGUCGGAUUCGCCGGACGACGUGCGUGCGGCGGCAAACGCGAUGGAUGAAGAGCUUGGAUGGUUUGCCGAUCCUAUUUAUAAAGGUGACUAUCCGGCGAGCAUGCGGGCGAGAUUGGGGAGCUUUCUUCCGGAGUUCACCGAGGAGGAGCGCGUGCUCGUGAAAGGGAGCGUCGAUUACUUUGCGCUCAAUCACUACACGUCCUACUUCGCCAAGCAUGUGACCGACGCGCAAGCUUCGUCGCAGCUUGGUUUGAGCGGCAGACCUCAGCCGUGGGAGAUCACACUAGAGUCAGAAAAGAGCAAGAAACCAAUCGGCAAGGAGGCGCAAAGCGACUGGUUGCACAUCGUGCCGUGGGGAUUAGAAAAGGUUUUGCUGCACAUCAAGGACAGAUACGACGAUCCAGCGAUCAUGAUCUCGGAGAAUGGCGUCGAUAUCGCCGAGAGGGGCGAUAUCGCGGAAACUCUGGACGACACAACGAGAGUCAAGUUUAUCGAUGCCUAUCUCGGAGCCGCUCGCGAGGCGAUGCGUAAAGGCGCAAACGUUGUGGGGUACUUUUAUUGGUCGAUGUUCGACAACGUCGAGUGGGUGGAUGGGCGAUCGAAACGAUUUGGUUUGGUUUAUGUCGAUUACGACGGCAAGUACGGCGAAAAGAUGAAGCGCUAUCCAAAGAAAUCUCUCGAGCACUUCUCCUCCUACAUG